CUAUUGGGAGAACGGGUGGAUUUCGACGGCAGACAGAUAAUUCGUAUGUGGAGGGGCAACAUAUUUUUGCAUUGUUUAUUUUUGUUCCGAGUGUUGAAGUGCAAAGCGCUAAAAAAUAAAAAACUGUGCGUGCUGUUCAGUUCAGACUGCUGUAACGAUGUCUGAAAUGGAAAGAUGUGAAUGAAUGCUCGAAUAAUAUAGCGGGCAGUAACAAACAAAAACGCAGUGCUGAAGAAACGUACUGGAGUGGUUGCUCUUUGUGUGUGCGUGCAUGAGUGUGCGUAUUUGCCGUUUGCUCAAACAUUUGUAUGUAUGCAUGUGUGUACAUUGCCCAAUGGCUCACAGCAGUAGUAGAAGCUACAACAGCAGGUCACAAACGUAAAUAAUUACGAAAAGAAAAUAGUUUGUAAAAGCUCAGUAUAGAAAACAAUCUACGAAGUAAAACAAAAACACGUGAAAAUUUUCUUUGAUGCAUUGAAAACGCGGUGAAAGUGCACUCCGAAUUAAUAGUCUCAAAUAAAAAGAGAGAGAGAGAGUGGGAGAGAGAGGGAGAGAAAAGAGUGAAAAGUGAAUGAAAAUAUAUAAAUUACCAGCUUGUGAAAGUCUUGUGAACCAGAGUAUUGGCCUUCUCUUCUUCGUGUGUUAUCUGUGCGUGUGUUAGUGUUUUUUAUAUUCGUGUUACUGUCGCGGCUAAGCGGGAAUUCAUAAAAAUACGAAUAAUUACUAUAAAUUGUGCCAAUCAAACGAAUGUUCUUGUAAUUUUUAUAAUGGCGAUGCUGACUUUGCUGUCGCUGUUGCCUUUCACGGCUAGGCUUCGCAUGCCCCUCGUCACUGCUCGCAUUUCACUGACAGUUGCUAGCGUGAAUUUAGUGAGGAAGGCCCAAGAUGAGACCACCAACUCAGCCGACGGCUUUGCAGCAAAAUGAAGGCUAUCAUCAGGUGCACGUACAUUCUACGCCGGCGCCACAUCAGUCCCAACUACACAGUCCUGUCAGCAUAGAGCAGCCAAAACAGCUCCAAGAGUUUGACCAGGAGAAACAGCAAACCACGCACAAAGCUAAGCUACAGCCUUUAGAGCUGUUGGUCGAACAUAAGCUCAGCUACAGAUCAGUAGCCGCAGCUGCAGCCGCAGCCGUCACAUAUCAGCCGAGGCCGGCUGCUCUGAACGAUUCCAAACAACAAUUGUUCGAUCUCACACAUUCCUCCCAGCUAGAGGCAGGAAGUCAAGCGCCGACGAUCCUGCACCUGCCGUUAGCACAGCCAGAGAAACGGAUCUCCACCAGUCAAAUCUCACGCUCCCCGUCCAGUGAGGUCUGCCGGAGCGCACAACGCGCCAGCAUUUUUGAUGAUGCAGCCGAAAAUUUCGUCAUAAAUUUUCCCGCCGACUCAACAACACAGCAGAUUCUACCACUUUCCGAAACUGUGCCGCUUCUAACGCACAUCGAAGCGACGGUGGUGGACAAGCAGCGCUCCAUCCGCUUGAAUAAGAACAGCGCCUCUUUGAUAUUUACCAAAAAGGAGCUGGGAAACGCCCAAAAUCAUAAGCGGGUAACCGCUUCAGUUUCACGGCGACAGCACCACAGUCUCUACGGACUCGGCGAAUGCACGAGAAAACAAACGAAGCAUCUACCACCCACACGAAUACACCAGCAGCGACAACAACAGCACCAGCGUCGUAGUCUGCAACUCAACUACAACAACAAUCUGGUGACCUCUGCCUCAUGCGCUGCAUCUGUUGCCGGCACACCCGGUUCGGCUGGCGAUAGUAGCCACAGUGCCGCCGACAGCGGAAAGAUCGUGCUCCAUAAGCAUCAUCCAGGCACCGGUUCAGCAUUGACGGUCAACUCGGCCAGCGCGACCGGCACUUCGGCGCGUAAACAACAUUCCUACUCCUGGUACGCGCCAGUCUACAGCGCGCUCGAGGAGGAGCUGGAACAAGAAUCAAGGGAUUCCUCGCCACUCCACAAGCUGGCCAAUACAAAACACAUCAGUCGCCCGCAGCAGCCUCGCGUACACAGUGCCACGCAUGCAGUGCCGCCCCCGCACGAUGUCAGCGAGACGGUUGCGCUCUUAGAGACGCGCAGCAGGAUCAACAUAGCUGACGCAAACACAGUGCCCCUGCAACGCGACGCUGGCGACGCUGUCGAGCGCAAGGCGGGCGUGUCCCACUCCCUGUCGCUGCACGAGAACAGUCUGGGAGGUGGCAUUGGCGGGGAUGUCGAAGGCUCACUGGGAUUGGCGGGUGGACAGCUACCGCGUCGCCGACGCCUCGAAAACUUCCUCAAGUCGCUGGUCGGCCUCAAGGGCAGCGUGGGUCGUGAUGUCGGCGGAAACCCUUCGCUCAACAACAGCCACACCACACCGCCGAGCAAUCAGCGUCCCUCCUCGCCCGAGAUUCGUAUUACCCGUACGCCCUCGGAGCAAGAUGUGGUUGUACGCGACCCCGCCGGCCGCCAGAGUUUCAGCACUGGUAGCCAGCUAGCACAUACUUAUCGAAACGGGUCCACCUCUUCGCUCAAUGUAGUGCAACAAAAGCUGUGGCACAUGGUGCGGCGCGAGGGUAGUGCCAGUAGCCUUCAUCAGGAGAAAUCACAAUCGAUCGUGCAAUAUACAGGACUGCGAAAGUGUGAAACAGUUUUGGCCCUCACUAGACGUGCGCACUCACUGUGCGCGCCCAGCGAUGCCUCGAUGGCGGCCAACUCUACGGGCAGCGGCAUCUUUAGUGCAGGAGGAGUGGAGCAAAUUCGUCCCCUCAAUAGGCUGCGCAACAGUGUCAAUAGCAUUAAUGCAGCCACCUGCUCUCGCUGCUCCAGUAUACUCUCCCUGGCAGCGUCCGGAUCCCGAUACUCGCUGGCCAACGGGUUCGUGAGCAGCUGUGCAGCGGCACCUCCCCAAAACACGGCUCACUCGUUUGAAAGGCGACCCAGUGUCAGCUUUAACACAAGUGUGGAGGUCGUGGAUCAGGAGCCGGAACCGCAUAUCAAUGUCAAUGCUAAGAUUCGUCUUAGCGUUAGUAGCAACAGUCCGCCUUCCAAUGUGACUACAGCUACGCUGCACUCGAAUAGCAAUGAUAGCAGCAGCAACAACAACAACAACAGCAACGAAGAAGAGUCGUCGGACGUGGUGCAGGCGCCCACUCCCACCAACACCGCUGAGCUUGGCGCCUUUGGCACAACACAUGCCUACCCGCUGACCGUCAGCUCGCUACUCUCCAUGGCCACAGCAAAUCACGCUGCGCAAGCAUGCUGCGUGCGCGAUGGAAUCACGUUAAAGAGGCGCGAGAUGCUCGCCUCCGCAGAUGUCACACCUUCAGUCGGCACGCCACAGGCACCUUUUCAGUCAUUUACCUGUAAGCUUUGCCUGGUAGAUGUGGAUAACGUGGGCGAAGCGACAAUGUUGGUACAAUGCGGCUGCCAGUUCGGUACUGAUUGCAUGCGCGCAUAUGUCGAGUAUGAAAUAUUAGAAGGCGCCUACGAGAUCUCGUGCCCUGACGCCAAGUGUCCAGCUCAAGGAGCCAUCACACUACCCGAAAUUGCGAAUCUAACCACAACGAAUUUGCUGAAGAAGCAUCACCGGUUCCGUUUAAAUAGAGAAAUCGAAUUAGACAAAACCCGCACAUGGUGUCCACGCGCGGGCUGCGAAACGAUUUGUGUGGUGGGCAGCGGUGCACACAGCGCCAUUUGCCACAUAGAUGAGUCGCCCUCGACUUCGACCACCUCGGCUAACUACGUGCCGCAUGUGGAUGCUACCGGCCUCUCGGUGGCAGUGCAGUGUCCUUCCUGCAAGGAUGAGUUCUGCGCCCUAUGCAAGAAAGCAUAUCAUCCGAACAUUAGCUGCGAGGAGUUUGGCCGACGUUUGAUUGCAGAUGGGGACGACAUCGGCAUACCAUUCGAUAACGAGCUCAUAAAGUGCUGUCCCAUGUGCGCGGUGCCCAUUGAGAAAGACGAGGGCUGUGCCCAGAUGAUGUGCAAGCGUUGCAAGCACGUUUUUUGCUGGUAUUGUCUAGCCAGCUUGGAUGACGACUUUUUGUUGCGUCAUUACGACAAAGGACCGUGCAAAAACAAAUUGGGCCAUUCAAGAGCAUCUGUUGUCUGGCAUCGCGCUCAAGUUAUUGGCAUCUUUGCAGGCUUUGGAAUUUUGUUGCUGGUGGCGUCGCCGCUGCUGCUACUUGCCGCUCCCUGCAUCAUUUGUUGCAAGUGUCGCGGGUGCAGUGGCUCUAAAAUUGAUGAGGCCGAUGGCGACUUGGAGGAAGAGGUCACUGCCUUGCAAGGCUAAUAAACCAGAAUGGGGCAAGCAACGUUUUCGCAAGAAAAUAUAUAUAUUUAUAAAACACUCGUGCAAGAAUUCAAUGUAUUUUCCGAUAUAUAUGUAGGUGCUUUAAACAAAAACACGAAUCGUUAGUUAACCAUUAAUUAAAAGCCCGCUUAAAUACAGACUCUUCAUACAAGUAAAAACUUCUUGUUAGCUCGUGAAUUGCAGCAUCUAACAUAUAUAACGCAAAUAAUUGUACGUAUUGUAACAUUUGUAUAGUUUAGUUAAACUCAAACCUCUUGUUAGUAACAGUUUAAAUUUAUGUUAAAUUAAAUUGUAUGUAUAUGUGUUAACUAAAUUGUGAUAUUUACAGUGAUUCGAUUUCUAAUUGAAUCGAAAAUUUGUUGAACCUAUACAGAAAAAGCGCGCCUUUUAUUAUUCUUAUUGUUAGAUUCACUGUACGUUUAUAUUAUUUCUUAUUUGAUUACUAUAAGCGACCAUGUAUAAAUUUUGUAUUUAAGCCCACACACUUAGUACAUAAGUUAGUUUGAAUUACAAAUCGUUCACAAAAUAUGAAAACAAAACAAAUGACUAUUGGAGCUAGUAAGCUCUGAUUUCAAUUGAUUAGCAUUCUACACAUAUGUAUUUCUUAUACAGAACUCGCUGCUUUUAAACAAUCCCUGCAUCCUUACAGAACUCUUUUUCUCAAGUAUUACAAAUAUACAUGCCACUAACAAAUGCGAGCAAUCUGCAAAUGUAUGUUUAACCUUAAAAAGUUUGUGCAACUGCUUUUUAAUGCUUUUAACAUGUAUAUUCUUUCUUACACACACAUUGAGAAUGAACUUUGUUCGUGUGUGUAAUUGUACUCCAUUUUAACAAUUGUAUUUAAAUGUAAAUUUUAAAUAACACAACACAUAUUCACUUGUACACUUGCUGCUAUAGACAGUGUUUACUCGGUAUAUAACGUCCAGCAAUGCAAGCGUGUAUAAGAAAUGUGUUUGAUUCGUGUAAACUAAUUUAUGCAUAGAAGGAAACAGAAUAUAUCGUACAAUAUAGAUAUGCGUGUAUGUAUAUUUAAAUCACAUUUAAACUAUAUCUUUACUCUUAAUGUGCAGAAAACUACCGCGAAAGCUGAAAUAAACGUGUUUAAACCCAA